ACUUUCUUGUGACAGCGUCGCCCGGCGAUACUUGUCUCCUUUCCCCCUCCCCCAUUCUCCCGCCUCCGUCUCUUUCCCUCUCCCAUUCCAUUCCAAACUACUUCUCUUCAACUCUUCUAACCCCCGACCUCCGUCUCCUUCUCCAUCCAACGUCUCUUUUCCCCUUUCCCAUACACACACCGUAAUCCACAGCCAUGGAGGAAGAAGUUGCUGCUCUCGUCAUCGACAAUGGUUCGGGUAUGUGCAAGGCCGGUUUCGCCGGUGAUGAUGCUCCCCGAGCUGUUUUCCCUUCCAUUGUCGGUCGCCCCCGUCAUCAUGGUAUCAUGAUUGGUAUGGGUCAGAAGGACUCGUAUGUUGGUGAUGAGGCUCAGUCCAAGCGUGGUAUUCUCACUCUGCGAUACCCCAUUGAGCACGGUGUUGUCACCAACUGGGACGACAUGGAGAAGAUUUGGCACCACACCUUCUACAACGAGCUGCGUGUCGCUCCCGAGGAGCACCCCGUCCUGCUCACCGAGGCUCCCAUCAACCCCAAGUCCAACCGUGAGAAGAUGACCCAGAUUGUCUUCGAGACAUUCAACGCCCCAGCUUUCUACGUCUCCAUCCAGGCCGUUCUGUCUCUGUACGCCUCCGGUCGUACCACUGGUAUCGUUCUGGACUCUGGUGAUGGUGUCACUCACGUUGUCCCCAUUUACGAGGGUUUCGCCCUUCCCCACGCCAUUGCCCGUGUCGACAUGGCUGGUCGUGAUCUUACCGACUACCUCAUGAAGAUUCUUGCUGAGCGCGGUUACACUUUCUCCACCACCGCCGAGCGAGAAAUCGUCCGUGACAUCAAGGAGAAGCUUUGCUACGUCGCCCUCGACUUCGAGCAGGAGAUCCAGACUGCCGCCCAGAGCUCCAGCCUGGAGAAGUCCUACGAGCUUCCCGAUGGUCAGGUCAUUACUAUUGGUAACGAGCGAUUCCGUGCUCCUGAGGCUCUCUUCCAGCCUUCUGUCCUGGGUCUUGAGAGCGGUGGUAUCCAUGUCACCACCUUUAACUCCAUCAUGAAGUGUGAUGUCGAUGUCCGAAAGGAUCUCUACGGCAACAUUGUCAUGUCUGGUGGUACCACCAUGUACCCUGGUCUCUCCGACCGUAUGCAGAAGGAGAUCACUGCCCUUGCUCCUUCUUCCAUGAAGGUCAAGAUUAUUGCUCCUCCCGAGCGAAAGUACUCCGUCUGGAUCGGUGGUUCCAUUCUUGCUUCCCUGUCCACUUUCCAGCAAAUGUGGAUCUCCAAGCAGGAGUACGACGAGAGCGGUCCCUCAAUCGUUCACCGCAAGUGCUUCUAAGCUACCCGACCGACAAACCAAAUCCUCCCACUCGCGCAACGACGACAAGAUCAUGGAGGUGGCGACAGACGCUAAGCUUUGGGUGGUUGGCAAACGUCAAAGUCGACUCUCAUAUUUACGAAAAGUUUUUGACAUGGUCAGAAGGGUGGGCGUUGCGCUUACGAAGAGAUGUGAUGGCCCCUUUGUUGUAGUUGCGCGUGUAAUGCGUGCCUAGGGGUAGAAGCCGAGGUUGACAUACAAAUACUUUUUUACUUUCCGCUUAGAAUUUUUUGAAAUGAAACGAGGUGAUGACA